CACGCCGGCUUUCAGGCCCGGAGAGCGUGCUGCUGAAGGCUGCUGACUACGAUCAGGAAGAGGAAGCAAGCUGCGUAGAAUGCUCCCGUCGUUCUUCACUACGGAAUUAGGCUGUCCGGUGUUGUGACCAGGACAUUGGGACGCGGUUGGGACAUUCGAUGCUCUCAGGCGCGAUCACCGCACCGCUGGUGACCAUGACACCAUGCGGUAGACCGCCUGGAUCCCACAUCCGAGCUUUGGAGUCCGGUUUCGUGCAGAACGCGACAGAUAUAUAACCUCGCGAACAGCCAUUCUCGCCUUCAGCGCAUCAGCCCUGUCUGCAACAUGCAUCCCUUCGUUAGUACUCUGCUUCUCAGUUUGCUCGCCGGAUCUGUCUUCGGCAAGAGUGUCAUCGUACCCGGUGCGCUAUGGUACGAUACGGACGGCAACGAAAUCCAAGCACACAGCGCAGGGAUCUUCAAGGUUGACAGCACCUUUUACUGGGUUGGCGAGGAUAAGGCUGCAAACAGUGAUCUAUUCUCUGCUGUAUCCUGUUACAGCUCCACCGAUCUUGUCAGCUGGGCGCGCCAUGACAACGCACUUACUCCGGUAUCCGGUACCAACAUCUCCUCGUCCAAUAUUGUUGAGCGACCCAAAGUAAUAUACAACGAGAAGAAUGCCGAGUACGUGAUGUGGUUCCACUCCGACAGCUCGAACUAUGGUUACGCUCAGGUCGGCGUCGCCACUGCAGACACGCCUUGUGGGCCAUACAGUUAUCGGGGCAGUUUCAACCCUCUAGGAGCUCAGUCUCGCGACGAAAGUGUCUUCCUCGAUGACGACCGGACGGCCUACCUGCUCUACGCCAGCGACAACAACCAGGACUUCAAGAUUGCUCAAAUGGAUUCAGACUACUACAACGUAACGGAUGUCGUAGCUGAACUGAAAGGUGCAACCCUGGAAGCGCCAGGCAUGGUCAAGAGAGACGGGGUGUACUGGUUGAUUGCUUCUCACACUAGUGGAUGGGCACCCAACCCGAACAAGUACUUUUACGCGGAUAGUAUCUCGGGAAAUUGGUCCAGUCAAGCCGACAUAGCACCGGAAGACACGAACACAUACUUUUCACAGAAUGCCUACGAUUUACCUCUGGGAACGAAUGCGAUCUACAUGGGCGAUCGCUGGGAGCCAGAUGUGCUUGGGAACAGCCGCUACGUCUGGUACCCGCUGAGUUGGUCGUCCGGUAAUCCUCAAAUCGUCUACGCCGACGUAUGGACCGUGGACCUUGACGCUGGUACAUACGCCGUGCAGAACGGCACCACAUACUCUGCUUCCACAGGUACCCUGAGCGGAAAUGCGGAGCUCCUUGGUUCAAAUUACACGUAUAAUGGUCAUGAAGGCGUAGGGUAUCUUGGAAACGGCGGUUCGGUGACUCUCAAUGUCACGGGCACUGGCGCUGACCAGUGGCUGUCCCUAUACUAUGCAAACGCUGAUCAGACGUGGAGGUAUCCAACUCAAUACGAAUACAGCGUGAAUGGUGGCUCAAGUGUCGUGGUCGAUCAACCGAACACGGGAGGAACAAGUCGUGUGCUCAGCGUUCCAGUCCAGGUCCACUUGAACGAUGGACCGAACGCUGUCACCCUCGGCGCAGACCAGUCGAACUACGCCGGCGAUUUGUACCAGGUUAUUGUCUACACGCAGACCUGA